AUGAGGUAUCUGGUGCCGCCCAAUGUCAAAUUUGAGGUCGAUGACGUGGAAAGCGAAUGGGUCCACAACGAGAAGUUUGACUUCACCUUCUGUCGGUACAUGGCAGCAUCUAUCUCGGAUUGGCCGAAGCUCAUGUCGAGAAUCUACGAAAACACAAACCCUGGCGGAUGGGUAGAAUUUCAAGACUACGAUCUCUUGUACAGAUCAGACGAUGGCUCGCUGACUGACGAUCAUCACACUUCGAAGUGGACCAAGGACUUCCUUGAUGGCUUUAAAUCAAUUGGACGAGAACCUUGCCCGGGUCCCAAACUGGAGGGCUGGGCUAAAGAAGCUGGGUUUACUAACAUCAAACAUCAGGUGUUCAAAUUGCCCAUUGGGCCUUGGCCAAAGGAUCCCUACUACAAGGACGUAGGAAUGACCAAUAUGAUCAUGCUCCUCGAUGGCUUGGAGGGCUUUACCCUGCGAAUGUUCUGCAGUGUUCUCGGGUGGACAAAGGAAGAGGUUCAAGUUUUGUUGAUGUCGGUCCGCAAAGAGCUCAAGGCUCCGGCAUUCCAUGCCUACUACAACCUGUGA